AUUCAAAUUGUUUCAUUAGUUUCGUACCGAGUGUCUGUCAGAUCACAUUGUUAGUUAUGGAUAAUUGGUCUUCUAUUUUUGUGGAAGACCUUGUUGGCCGAGUGGUUAUGGUCGCGGCCUGUCAAAAUUCCAUGCGAAUCUGUGCAGUAGGUUCGAAUCCCGCCAAAUGACACUUUGUGUUCUAAAAUACUAUGUAUAUUUUACAGUACACGGUGGAUGGGGCAACUGGACUGACUGGGAUCAGUGUUCUCUGACCUGUGGCGGUGGAACUCAGACGAGAAGAAGAAGAUGUAACAACCCAGCACCAACUCAACCUGAAGGAAAGACCUGCAGUGGUUCAGAUUCUCAGACACGUGACUGUAACACAGAGGAGUGUUCAGUUUGUCGUUCGACUGCUGUCCGAAAUGGAUUACGAUCUAGAGCUCAGUGUAACGGAACCGAGUCUUCCUUAGACUGUGUAUCGGUGUGCAGACAUCCAGACCACGUGGUCGAUCCAUCUAACAAACAACUUGUGUGCUGCAGAGAUGGAUUUUGGGAUGCUGAACGGCCAAAGGUGGCUUCAUGCAUCAAAAUCGAAGCCCCGUCAGUCGCAACGGUUACUACAACUGCGACAUACCAGACAGAUUCGUGUCUGUCCCAAACCUCACUUUCUGGUAUUGAGUCGUCUGUACACCAAAAUACCGCCACUCUAGCAUGCAGUUCACAUUCUUCAUGCCAGACAAAUGUUCAGGCAGUCGGCUGUGGUGACAGUUACAGAGGAAGAAGAUCGAUUUUAACAACAGUUGUCAUUCAGAUGACUGAAAAUAUUCUGGGAGGUGACCUUCAACUUGGAGACUUUCUGGCAACACAAACAAAACGUACAUGGAAAAGAGACCAGACCGCCCAGGAUAUUGUAAUAAUAGCAAAGUUCAUCCUACGAUUGCCAAUGGAUACUACAGUGGUUCUACUCUCCAAUAUCACAUGAACGAGUCGCUCCCAGCUUCCACAGAACACCCAGCGAUCUUAUCUCGUGAUGCCAGGACUGGCAACAAUAGCAAAAUUAUUAAUGUGGCAAAAGUCAAAUAAAUGUUUAUGCAUAUGCACUGAAGUGGACAGUAUCUAUUACGAGAAGUUUUAAUUUAAACUUUACAUACUUAUAUUGACAUAACACGUGUGUGUGUGUGUGUGUGUGGUGAUCUACAGUGUCGAGCGCUGGUCUGUACUGAUGUACAGUAAGAAUUGCAAUUAAGACUGUGAAUCAAGAAAGGAAGCUCAUGUUCACCCAUGGCCUCAAGUCCCUGGACUCAAUCUUCUCGACCCAGCAUGCUUUAUUCCAGCAUGCUAAGUUUGCCCUGCCGACUGAAGCCUUUGUCUGGAAGUAGUCCCUCUCCACAGACUCCUAGAUUCCAGACCCCAGUGAAUGGGGCUGGAAAUGGAAUGCCAGAACGAUAACAUGGGUGCCAUAUUGGACAGAUGUGGCAGAUGUCAGCUAGGAGUGCCUGUGGUGUCUGUAAGUGACAUCCAGCCAGACCCUGUUUUAGCCCAUUGUGCAAGUGCGAAGGGCCUACACUGACAAUGACAGUGAAACUUGAUAUAUUUACAUAAUGCCUGGCUGUUUAAAUG